GUCAGUGGAAGAGAGGCUUGGUUGGAAAGUGGGAAAAGUGGAAUACUGUACUAGGCAGGGCGAGCAACUGGGAGACAAUAGCGAGUAGAGCGAGGAUAGUCGCUGUUCCAAGACAGAGCUGUGCUUUCUUAAGCGAAUUGUGAUGGCACAUACAGUCGUGGGAAGUUUCAAUAAUGUCUCUGUCGAUUAAAGCAGCACGGGUGGAGAGUGCGUCUUCUCGGUGUGCGUCUGCACCUUGUGUAUGAUAGCUUGAGCCAAAGGUCAGACAAUUUUUUGGCAACCGGGCAGUUAAAAAUGCCACGUUCAGCCGAUUUACUGCGGUGCGCAAGCAGACCGCGUUGCCGGGCGAUGCCUGCGCGAGGGGAAUCGUGGUUCAACUGAGGGAAUCUGGACGACUGAAGAUGGUUUUGUGCGAACCAUGGCUAAUGGAACUGGCACAAUCAUGUUGAAAUGCGUUGUUGUUGGAGACGGCGCCGUGGGCAAAACUUGCCUGUUGAUGAGCUACGCCAACGACGCUUUUCCAGAGGAAUAUGUGCCAACUGUCUUUGACCAUUACGCAGUGAGUGUGAAUGUCGGGGGCAGACAGUACCUGUUGGGACUCUACGAUACCGCAGGGCAGGAAGACUAUGACCGCCUGAGGCCUUUAUCUUACCCGAUGACCGACGUCUUCCUCAUCUGCUUCUCGGUGGUCAACCCGGCCAGCUUCCACAAUGUGCGGGAGGAGUGGGUCCCCGAGCUUCGGGAGUACGCGCCUGGCGUUCCCUUCCUGCUCAUCGGAACCCAGAUCGACCUGCGGGAUGACCCCAAGACCAUUGCCAAGCUGAACGAUGUCAAAGAGAAGCCUGUUGUCACAGAGCAGGGGCAGAAGUUGGCCAAAGAGAUCGGUGCCUGUUGCUACGUGGAGUGCUCGGCGCUAACGCAGAAGGGGCUGAAGACGGUUUUUGACGAGGCGAUCAUCGCUAUCCUCGCGCCGAAGAAGAGCAUCAUUAAGAGACGCCUGGGCACACGUUGCAUCAGCUGCUGCCUGAUCACGUGACCGGUUGUUACACUGUUGCCUGAACACGUGACCCCAUUGCCUCGCUGCUGCCCGACGGUGUGACCCACUGCUAAGCUUCUGACUGUCUGAUCACGUGACUUGUAGCUGCGCAGCUAUCUGAAUGUGUGGCCCUCUGCUAUGCCGCUGUCUGGUCAUGUGGUGCGUUGCUAUGCUGCUGUCUGAUCACUUGACCUGUUGCUGUGCUGAGGCUUGAUCACGUGACCCCUGCUUUCUGUUCACGUGAGAGAGGGAGGAGCUGUAGGAACUGUCUGUAUGCUGUGGACCUGAUCCCAAAGCCAGAUUCUGGUUCUCACUCAGCUGUGGGCCCAGAGGGUAGAAAAUGGGGGGCUCGGUGGGAGACGGGGGCUUUAUUACAAGGGAAAAUAUCCCCAUUAGCUCAGCAGCACAGUCUCCCAGCACCAAUGUUCUUAAGACUUUUUAAUGUUCCUCAGAAUGGACAUUCCAACAUUUUUUAAUGACGUUGAAAGAUGUGCUUUAUACAAAAUUUAUAUAACGAAAAAAAACCCCAAUAUCGAACAUUGGACAAGAGGUCAGAUGAAAAAAGAUUUUGUCGGAUGUUGGUCCCUCCAAAUUUUUAGUUCACGGAAUGAUUUUGCUGGUCCCAGGCCAGAUAAGUGCAUCUCAGGUGCAUAGAGCUCCUUUUUGUUAUUCGUGAGCUGCUUUUGAUGGCAGUGGUUCCAGUUGGGGUGAAUGAAGAAGCAUGCCAGGGCCUUUUUUAAAAACAUGUUUCUUUUUUCUUCAGAGAAGCACACAUUGGAAAAUUAAAGAAGUUUUACAAUAAUGUUGGUGGAAUGUUUCGUAGCACUAUAUAGAAGAAGCAAACACACCCAUAAGCACAGGAAAAAUGGAAAACUGUGUUCAAUAAUGAGCCAGACUGGUUCCAGUUCUACAGAAACUAAGAAUAAGGUUGGAUGUUAUUCAAAAUAAUCUUCUGAAAACUUUUAUUUGACAUGUAUUAUUUUAUUUGACAUACAUAUAUAUUUCUGAAUCAUAGAAUCACAUAAUUUUUAGAAGAUUAUUUCACAGUGCAUCAAAUCUUUUCUUAGUCAUUGAUGGACAAGCACCUAAAGAGGAAAAUAUUCACACAGUUUGUGUAUGAGCCCAAGAUAUGUUUUACAAAUGAUUUCCAGCCCUACAGAGGCUAGAUCCCUGACUAGAGGAUCCAGCAUUGUUUCAGCUUGGGAUUCCCAAGGUCUCCAGUGAUAUGAAACUGUUCCAUACAUUUACAAGUCUUUGCAUGGAAAAGAUACUUGGUGUCAGUGUGAUUUACCUUGAGAGCCAAUUUCUACCUAUGCCCCUUGUUCUGCUGAAAGAACUAGACUCGAAAAAUCUUUUGUAGUCCACUUUGUUAAAAUCUAAAAACUUAAAACAGAAGACACCUCAAGAAAACUAACUUGGGUUCAACCCUUUGGGCAGUCCCAUGUGAUUCUAGAAAUUUUACUGAUCACUUCACAAUACCAACUCCAACUAUACAUUUUUCUGUCCUGGGGAUUUCUUAAUUCUUAAUUAUUCCCAUUAAAUGCACAGACACACACACACACACACACACGUAUAUACUCACACACAUUGUGUAUAAAUAUUCCAAUAGAGUGCAUUUGACAUCACCCAAGCACACACACCCACUCAUUUGGUCACAGUAACUUUCUUACCCACACACGAGCACAUGCUCAUUCACUUGCUUUUUGUGUAACAUACACACACACACGUGCUCGCGUGCACACACGCACAUGCACAGAUGCACGCACACACACACACACACAAAUAAAUAAAAAGCAGUGAGGCCAGUGUUUUGGCUCAUUGUGUUACUCUGUGUUUACUGUGCUCUCUAUGCAGAUGUGAAUCAGCUGUGAGGUGGAGAGCUUCAUUAUUGUAUGUUAAUCUCUGCAGGAGUGUCGCUGUGAAACUGAGUUUACAGGUUUAAAUUCCACAUAACCCAGUCCUUCUUUCCUGUAGUCCACGCUUCACGGCCUCUGUGAGCAAAGCCCAGGCUCAACAGUUUAUUUCAUAUUCUGCAGCAUAAGCAAAAAUGAAAAUUUCCUCGGCUUAAGUGGUGUGCAUGUGAAGCGCAUGUGUGCAGUGUGUGCGCAUGUUGGGUAAAUGUAGGUGCAUUUUGUGUGUAUAUCUGUGUUUAACCAGGUCUGUUUAAGUAUACAUGUAUUUCAGUAUAAGCAUGUUUAACUAAGCCUGUGUAAGUAUGUAUGUGCUAAGUACAAAUGUGUGUUAUGUGUACACAAGUAGGUGUGUGUGUAUGAGAGAGAGAGAGAGAGAGAGAGAGAGAGAGAGUGAGUGUGUGUGUGUGUGCGUGUGUGUGUGUGUACAGAUGCUGUCAGUGUCGACUUGGGGUCAGUCCCAGCCCUCAGCGCCUCUGGUUUUUUGCUGUUGUUCCUUUAAUGCAGUUUAAUAAUCAUUCAGGAAGCUUUGUUCUUGUUUGUAUUACUUGAUGUUCAGUAUGAUAGUUGACAAGGUGUCAAUCAGGUCUGUGCUUCUUGAAGUUCAUGCCUUGGGACUUAGGAUUCCCUGGGGAAUACUGCGCUUCGAAUCCCAGAUCUUUGUGUUUGUUAUUUAAGUAUCUGGAUACAGCGUCUGCUGUAAUUAAAAAUAGUACAAAAAAGUUACAAAUAAUAGAGGGAGAAAACCGAAAAUAAUGACAAAUAGCAUUUUAUAUUUAAUUAAUUUUUAUUCGCUUCCAGAACUCACAUUAAGCUGAAUUUAAAGGGAAAAUAAAAUCUUAAAAGAAAAAAAGGAAAGGUUUUAAUGUAGCCUUGUAUAACAAAAAAAAAAAAAAAAGAUUUUUCAGCUAUUAAAUGCACCUCUGGUGAAUGAGUGCCCCCUAGUGAUAGCAUUUAAAAAGUUAGGGGUGCCUUAUGGAUUGAGAUUUUACCAUAUUUUAUGUUGUAUUAAAUCUAAAAUUAUAUAGAUAUAUAGGGAACCCUGGGAAACGCUGCUGGAAAACACUGCACAGAAAUGUUUGAUCUCUGUAAGAUUGUGUGCUUAGGGGAUUUUGAUAAAAAUGUAAUGCAGCAACCCUGCAGAAAGAUGUCUGAAAACCUUAACCAUCAUUGACCUAUACAUGGACAAACAUCCAUUUUGUGGUGUGUAAGGAUGACUGGAUGAAAAUACACUGACUAGAGCACCUUAAAAAUAGAUUUUUAUCUCAGUGAGACUCACCUGGAUAAAAAAGGAUAAAUAGAAAUAAAAUAAGUAAAAACAUG